AAAAAAUCUUCAUAAUUUUAAAAUUUAACAUCGACAAAUAUUUAAAUAAUUAACAUAUAGAGGUAUAGUAUUACAACAUUAAAUUAUAUCUAUUUAAUUUAUAAUAUCUAUAAAUCCAAUGGAUCAUCUAUUGUUUAAAUCAAAUUAUUGAUAUCCCAAUAAAAAUUUCUGGUAUGCCCAAAAUUUAAAUGGGAAAAUCGCAUUUUAAACCCUGAAGGUGACACAUUCUAGCAGUUUAAACACUCAACCUUUUUCACUAGCAUUUUAAUACCUCAAACUAGAAAAAUUGUCGAAACAAACCCUGAAGUCGUAUCUCCGCGUUUUUCUCGUGACCUUACUUGACGGCCCUGUUCACGACGUUUACUGUUUAAAACGCUGUGCCGUUUUGUUGAUUAAAAGACGGGAACCGUGAAAAGUGAAAGACGAUUCUUAUAAUACAAAUCGAAUUGGGGAUCUAGGGUUUCAUAAAUUUACGAAACUAGAAGAAGUGAAAGAAGAUUCUCUGCCUCGAUUCAGUCUCAACUCCAAAACAGUAAGUCGUUUCUGUAAUCUUGUAAAGUAUCUACAUUCUAGAACUUUUGAUUUCAUAAAUUCUUAAGAUGGCUCGAAGUGUGUUUGUGAAGCUAAUGUUAGCGGUAUUAGUUAGAGAUUCAUGUUUGUACUUGGUGUUAUAUAUCUUGUAGAUGACUCAAAGUUCAAGUUCCUCUACCAUUGACAAAAAAAAGGAAAAAGUUGUGGUUUGUAACUGUAACAUUGAAGCAAAGGUGCUUCAAGCUUGGACUGUUGACAACCCUGGAAGGAGGUUUUAUACCUGCGAAGGGCGUAGAGUUUCUAAUGGAUACCAAACCUGCAACUUCUUUCGAUGGUAUGAUGUUGAGAAGCCACACGGGUGGCAACAUACUGCGUUGUUGGGUGCUAGAGAUGUUAUGCGCCAACAGAGAGAAGAGAUUAGUAACCUGCAAAACCAAGUAAGAGAACUUAUCCUUGAGAAUGUAAGAAAUGGCGGAGCAGUUAGGCUUGAGAAUGAAAGCAGUGGCCAAACUCCACCUGAUUCAGACCUCAACUGUGAAGCAUGUGAAGCGCUUAGAGGAGAAAUAUUGGUUCUAAACGAGAGGAGCAUGGUGUAUCGUAAUGUUCUUAUCACGUUGGCAGUUGGAUUUACUGUGGUUGUUUGUGUGUUCAUGGGUAUCAUGAAGUGGUAGAAGACUAUUGUUGUUAUUGUUAAGACUGAUUAAGCUUCUUUCAUGUUGUUAAGACUUUAUGUAAGCUUGCUAAGACAGUUUAGGUUAUGUAUCUGAUAUUGUUAAGACUUUUCUAGUUUAUGUAUUGUCUAUGUAAGCUUCUUUCAUGUUUUCUUAUUAAGGAUUAAAACUAUUUAGCUU